CCACGAUGAGGUACCAGUGUCAGUCGAACAACCAACAUGAAGUCUUCUUUGGUUAUUGCUUCCGUCCUUUUGGCCGGAGUGGCUCUUGGAGUCAAUGCUUACAGAAUUAACAACAACAACAACAACAACCAGGAUGAAAAUCACAACCAGUGGUCGCGUUUCCAGCAAUCAGAUUUCAGUGCUGAAUCACUUAAUCAAGAACCGAACUUUUUCGAUCAGCAAACAGCUGGUUCUAGAUUAAAUCACGACAAUGAACAAUUCAACAAGCGUAUUGUGAGUAACAACGACAACUCCGAAUCGACUUUUACUGAUCGUCAAUACCAGAACAGCCAAUACGACGAGACCCAUUUCGAUUUCAACGAAAACCAACAACAGCAACAGCAACAACAACAACAAACAACAACAACACAACAACAACAACAACAAGACCAACAACAACAGUAUGGAAACCAAAACCAAGCUACAAGUGGUCAGUUCAGUGGACUUGCCAAGAAAAUCGCCGACAAAGUCGCCGCUAUCCAGCAAAUCGCCGUCAACCAUAACAUCGCCUACAACGUCAAUUACUUGAACGGAGCGUUGGAAGUCGCCAGAGACUCCGUCAAACUGUCCGCCAACAAUUUCGUGUCAUUCUACAACACAACCAUGAAGAACCUCGACAACGGUGAUUUGGAAUACAUGUACUUAAACCUCGAAAAAGAUACCUGCUUCGCCCAGUACCAUUUCAGCCAAAUCGAAACCACCGGAUCUUUCAAAUCUGACGUCCGCGACGCCCGUUCGGGUUACUACACAAUUGUCAUGAACAACGUGUACAGUAACUUGACUACCAGUUUCUACGAUGACCAACACUCCGUUGUCAGGUCAGCAAAAUUCCAAAAUGCUGAUGCUAACAUCAAAACCCAAGACGGUUCUGAAACACAGGUGUUCAACCCAGCUCUGCAAAGAUUUUUGGGAGUGUUAGCCAAAGCCGUGUCCAACGAAGUUAAGAUGUCCGCCAGAAGUACUGCGUUAGUCCAAAUCAAAAACGAAAUUCGCAAGCCAAUCUAUUACCAGAACCAGAACACAGAAAAUACCAAAUUAUUCGACUUGGUGUGGCAAGAAGACAACGUCGCCAUGGAAAUGCGCAACAUCGGAUUCGGUAACUCAAAAUUGGCCUCAGCCACAGAACAAUUAUUCAAGUCGAUGACUUUCCAACGGAAAUCCCCAGACUCUUACACAAUGCGUUACGACUUCGCUCUCAACGACCUGGAAUGGAUUUCCCCUCUGACCGUCAUGUCAGCUGGCAAGAGAACAACCACCCCUCCCACAAAAUUCAACGUUGACAAAAUCAACGUCCAAGUCUUCUUUGACAAGUCUUCUUUCAACCAACAAGAGUCAUGUGACAAGAUCUCCGUUAACACCGAUGUACGAGGUCUGACCUUCAAUCUGGACAACAAUCUCCGCUCCGAAGUCGUGUCCGUAAUCGAAAACAAACUCGAACGUUUCAUUCAACACUCUUUGGGAUCCUACAUCCAAAAAACUUUGAAACAAAAUGUUUGCAACAACAACUAUUACAAAUACUAAAUGUAUUUCUUUACUGAUUUUGUAAACAUAAUAUUAUAGAGUAGAAUAUUAAAUAGUAGACAAUAUUAUUAGUCUUAUACAGCUAGUAUUAUAUUAUAUAUAUUUAUAAAUAUAUUUUAAUAAUCUGAGAACUUGAUUUAACAUAAUGACUUGCAUAUUUAUAAACAAUAUAAUCAAUAAUUAACAAAAA